GCGCCGGUAGAGUGCUUGUCAACGCAGAGAGCGCGAACUAAAUGUGUGUAUACUCGUACAACAACAACACGAUUACAAAGUGUUCUUUUUUUACGGACGAGCUCAGCACGACUUUUAAGGCAGGUUUGUAUGUAGUUUGCGUUGCGCCGCUCACCUUUUGCCACGAAUUCUGUGUGUCGGCGCGUGUGUUGAAGAGCGUGCAAAUGAAUUAGCAAACACGGGACUAACGCAUAGAAGUCGCAUUAACAGUGCAAAGACGAAGCUGUGUACAAAACCCAUAUAAGUAAGUUAGACUUAGAUUGCGAGACAAACUAGUACGAAGUCAGACGGCUAAGCAAUUGUCGGCGCAGUGACUGGGAUAAGCGCAGUUUGAGAACGUCACAUGAAAAGAGGGACGGCAAACGAAUGUAUAAACGCAGCUUAAAUUGUAGCUAGAUUCUAGAAGAUACAUUCGUCAUGGCGAUUAUACGUUUAUGGUGAAAAAGCGCUUAAAAAACAACAGUUAAUAAAACAACAACGCGCUGAAAACCCCGUACAACAACAAGCCGCGCAGCAAAGCAAAUAAAGUCGCGAGUGCGAGCAAGUGAUCGUGAGCGCUCUGGCUGUCUGGCUUUGCUGUCUCGCAGUUGGUUGUGUGUAGCGCCAAAGAAAACACGAAAACGUAGAAUGAAAAGUUCAAGAAACAGUGCAGAUCAGCAAGUUGGCCAAAGUUGGUCGGGUUAGUACAGCAGUGCGGUCGGUGACGCGUGUUCGGUGGUACGUCGGUUGGCGUUAAAAAAAUUAUUGUUUACUGUCGCUUGAGCUCAGUUGGGUCGUGUUGCAAGUGCAAAGACUUAGUGUAACGCGGGUGAAGCAGGAGGAGAGAGUACAGAAAAUAAUUUAAAAAAAGAAGACACCGAAAGUUAAUAAAUUAAAAAAGUUAAUAAAAUAAGUAGGUGAGAAGUGUAAAAAAGUGAAUGAAAACCGUGUGGCCCUUUUCGCAGCGACUUUCGUGAAAUAUAAUACCAACAACACAAGCAAGCGAAAAUCUUAACAAAAAAGUGGCUUAAGCGAAUUGCAAAAGUGGCCGCAACAGCAAAAACACCAAAAACACAACAAAGUACGCUGGUGUGGCAGCCAAGGAAGCGCAGUGCAGUGAAGGGCGGGCGGUGAAGUAAAGUUCAGAAAAGUGCAACACAAGUGAAUGUGCGCAGCCGUCUUGCGUCGCCAGUCGGCCGUGUGCGCUUUUUGCCAAGUAGCAAUUGAUUAUUGCUUUUGUUAUCAUUUUUUUUGUGGGUUUUUGCUGCAGUUUGCGGUUUUCAUUAGCGAAGUCGCUGAUCGAUCGUCGAUAAACGGCGCUGCCGGCGACAAGCGCGUAAAUUGCAAUAAGCCAAAAGCAAAUAGCAACAAACAACACGUUGCGAGCUGCGAGCGACGACGGACGAUUGCUAAGCGUCGAAGACGUUGCCAAAAAACGCAUAAAAAUCUGCAAUGAAAGGCUUUUAGCUUUCAGCAUUUAGCAUUUAGCUUUCGGCUUUCCGCUGCUUUCGAACAAUAACGCUGAGAGUUUGCGUGAAUAAACACUUAAAAAACGGCAGACGAACAGCCAAACAAAGGAGAUUUGAAUAUUAAUGACAACUUUCUAACUUUACGAACUUUGUUGGCUCGUAAAGUUAAAGUUGCAGUGCGCGUGUCGGAAUUUUCGUCACCUGUACGCUGGAUACGAGGAAUUGCAGCAACAAAUUGGGUCACUGAUUGUUGGUUUCGGUUAACUCAAGGCUCAGAGUUCGCUUGGGAAACUUAGGCGUUUAAAUUGAGCGCCGCAUAUAACCGUUUCUCGCGCAUACAGGCAAUUGUGAACUUGUGAAACACAAUUAGGACGACAACAACCAUAACAGCAUAGCGGAUGCGAAGCGACGAUAGCAGCACGAUUACAAACGGAUAGCACGAAAGUACGGAAGAUAGACCACAAACAGAGACCACGGAAGGUACAUAGCAGCUGCAAGUGGGUAGUGUGAAGUGGCACGGGGAGGAUACGAGAGUAGUCGCGUGAACAGCAGAGACCGCAGUAGGCCAAGCAUACGGCAGCGGAAGCGUACGCAACGUAAUAAACGCAUUGCCGAAAACAUGUUGGCUGCAGCAACAACAACAUUGACAACGACAAAAACACCAACCGCUGCGAUGACAACAUUGACAACGAACGGCACAACAAUGCCGACCACGAGCAUGCUGAUGACAACAACAACAACAACUGAAAUGAGCGAUAAAGCACGAAGAGUCACUAAACAAACAACACACAACGCACAAACACUAACAACAACAGCGGCAAGGGCAACAACAGGCACAGGCAGCAGAUCAGCCACAACAGUAACAGCAACAGCAACAGCAACAGCAACAACAACAAUUACCUCAGAUCCAGGCAUUUUAUGCUUUCAUCAUUGCAAUGUAAAAGUUUUCUGCUUCCACUUGCCACAUCGUUGCCCCAAAUGCAAACAAGUAUUAGACACCGGUGUCGAUGUGGACGGCAAGAGCGAUGCGGCCGCUGCGGCUGACGACGACGAGGAGGACGUUGUACGUGGUAAUGAAUUGGUUAGCAAUGGCUGCAACGGUGAACGUACACGUGCCGCUAACGGUGUGCCGGUUGGUGUUGUUGGCUCCACGCGUUUGUUGCCUUUUCGCUUGCCCUAUCCGUUCAUACGUGCCUCGCAAUAUCCCUGUGCGAUUGUUUUACGUCCGACCACAGGCGAUUUUCUCAACGACUACAACAACUCAACCGAUUUGCAUAUUGCCGUGACGACCUCAACGGGCUGUGUUGUGGAAUUCGAUCGGUAUGGCUUGCGGCGCCACCGGCCCGAUAAUACACGCAUGUCCGAUUGGUGGCAAUGUCUGCUGGUCGGCGAUGUCCCCGAACCAUGGUAUGACUAUUGGGAUGAUAUAUUGCAGCAGAUUUGCAAUCAGCCGGAUCGCUGGACCGUCUCCCAUUACCAGGAGGAUAGCCACAAUUGCUACACAUUCGUAUUGGCAUUCCUGCAGGCGCUCGCCUAUGACAAGCUCAGCGCUGCCGCGCGCUCCAAAACCAGUUUCUGUGAGAAAUAUAUAGUUCCUAGAACCACAACGGCCGGCAAGUAUAUAUCCUUGUAUCGCAAGUUGCGUGAUACGGGCACUUAUGUGCAUCCACAUCCUCAUCAUCAACACUAUCAACACCAAAGGCAUUUGUUGCUUAACGGCAAACAACAGCAACACCAGCACCACCAACACUCCUAUAACCAGCAGCAUCUACAAGUGAAGCCGUCACGUGGCAAGUCGAGAAACAAUGGACACUUGAAUGGUCAUGUGGGUGCCACUUCCGCUCUGCUGGCCAAUGGCGGCAAGGCGACCAGUAUCAUUUUGCGUGCACCCAAUCUCUGCACCAUCGAAGAGUGAGGCACACCAGCACUCCUGCAACACUUCUUUAGUAUCGGUUCCUCAUCCAUCCAUUCACUCAAUCAUUCAUUUAGACCAUUUUAUUAAUUUGCAUAUGUACUUAGUAGGUGCUCGGCAGCAAUGUGUUAAGCAAUUCUGUAAUUGAAUAUGCGCUGAUGGCGCGCUUUAGAGACCACCACAACAACACUGUCUACGUAACGAGUUGCUGUCAGGCAAAUGUAGUAGUUAGGAACCGGUUUGUUACUGGAGAUUUUCGAGACAUAACAUAUCUUGUUUCAAGCUCUUAAAGCUGUCGUUCGUCUUUCGGUACUUCCGAACUAGCACGAAGUGCUCAAAAAAUUGGCAAUCCACAAUUAGUAAAUUCCUGUUUCAAAGACAUAACCCUUCAAUACCUCCGAAGUUCCGAAGUCCGAAGGAAAAUUUUGAAAUCUCGGCAAUCCACGAGUAGUGAGUUCGUGUUUCAAGCUCUUAAAGUUGUCGUUCACCUUUCGGUACUUCCGAAUUCGUACGAAGUGUUCCAAAACUCGGCAAUUCACAAGUAGUAAGUUCGUGCUUCAAGCCCUUAAGCUUUCCAGUACCUCCGAACUCGUACGACGUGUUCAAUCCACGAGUAAUAAGAUCAUGGUUCAAGUUCUUAAAGAACUUUGCUCCUUUCGGUACUUCCGAACUAGCACGAAGUGUUCAAACUCGGCAAUCCACGAGUAGGAAGUUCGUGUUUCAAGUUCUAACCUUUCCAUCACUUCGGAACUAGCACGAAGUAUUCAAAAACUCGGCAAUCAACGAGUAGUGGCAGAGCCACUUAUAUUCAAAAUUUUGUUCAAAUAUUGCGGGAGGCGAGAAUUUAUCGAACUAAGCCCUAAUUCCUAAACUAAAGACUCAAGUCUAAAUAAUUUGAAUAUUUUGGCCGAAAUUUCUCGGGUUCUCAAUCACAAACUUGCCUGAUUGCUCACCAGUGAACGUUUCACUACUGGGUAGUUACCGUUACAAAUACGGCUGCACAUUCGUCAAUAUUCUUACGAUGAGCGACUCUGUCAAUGAGAGUGGCACUUCCUGCCAGCCACAGCUGAUGUUCUUCAAUAUUGCAUCCUUUGUUCGAACCCUCUGUUUGCAACAAAUACAUUUCGUUGUAGUAGUUUUUAUUGUUUUCUUCGUUGCUGCACAUUUUUAUGGUGUAUUUUUUCCUAUUUUAUGUUUCUAUUCUUCAACUUUGGUCUCUUUUGUCCUAAACUUUUAAGUUAAAUUAAGAAAGUAGUUCAUUUUUAU